UUCCCAAUAACAAAGUUACGGACGGUGUGAAUAUUUUGCAAAUGUUUAAAUUAAACGCGCCUUAACAGCAAUCGGAUUGCCCAAAUGGGAAAGUUUACGGAAUGUUCAGCACGUAAAAGCUCACUGAGCCGUGUUUUUAACGGAUCGGUAAGCGAUUUUAAAGAAUGGAGCAAAACGCAAAACCUAAUGAACAACCGAGCGGAGGCAAACGUCAUGUACGUUCCCACACCCCACGAACAUUGGGCCAAUACUGCCUCCCAUGCUGUCAUGAUCAUACCAAGUAUUCUGGCCAAUGAGUUUCUGAUUGAACAAGCAAGAUAUAAAUUUGAUAACGACGCAACAUUCUCCAUGAAUAACCUGACUUGCCAAGACACUGCCACUGCUUAUAACUGCACAGUCCACAUACAGAAUCACUUUACACCUUCCUAUUCCCAAUAUGAGUUUUGUUCACGGGCAUAUGGCAUCUCAUUGAUAAGUUUAUUCAUGGUGUCGACACUUUUUCAUUGGAUCUCAUUCACUCAAAGCUCAUGGAGACCGAAAUCCCAUGCUGGUUGCAGCAUACGUCGACCUUCGUUAAACAAAUUGUUCCAUGUUUGUGAUCGAACCACAAUAUAUUUUUUCAUUGCUGGUUCAUAUACACCAUGGUUAAUAUUGAUAAAUCUCCCAGAUAAGAUUGUCUGGCUAAGAUGGGGAAUAUGGGUGGCUGCUAUACUUGGUACAACAUACACGUUUAUGUUCUUGGAGAAGUAUAAGUUGCUUGAUACACUACUGUAUGUAGCUGUUGGUCUUGUACCGGGCGUGGCAACUUAUCUCUACACAACAGAUGAUAGUGGCUCAGUGUCUGGUAUAUUUGAGCUUUGUGUUGGAGGAGCUUUCUAUCUUUCAGGAGUUGUCAUAUUUAAAUGUGAUGGUAUUAUUCCGUUUGCUCAUGCUAUCUGGCAUCUGUUCGUUGCUCUUGGAGCAUUCACACAUUAUUAUGGGGUUUAUAAACAUUUCUAUCAGAGUUCAGUUCAAUACUCAGUGUUAUAGGUUUCUUCAAUACGCGUAUCCUAGUUUUGUGCAAUCAUUGUGAUUAAGUAAUUUUAUAGUGUGAGACGCCAUCCCUAUUAACACCUUGUGCUGUAUUAGUUUGCCAUUCUAAUGUAAACAAGUUUGUUAUACAAUAUAGCCAUAUAAAAUGGGAUUUAGCAUAAAGUUGUAUAAGAUAAAAAAUCUGUUAUAGAAUUUGUUUUUGUCUUCCGUGUCAGAUAUUUUUCUUACCUAUUAACCUUCAAUGGCUUUAAACACUGUUUCUGUUUCCCUUUAUAACUUGUAAAUAUUACUGUUUUCCAAUACUUUAGUAUUCUAAAAAUCAAUAAUUAGCAUCUUGGCAUGCUAAAACAUUGUUAAUUAGUGUUACUGUAACAGCCAAGCUAAGGCAGAUGUGUGUACACAUUGACACACAUAAAUAUAUAUAUAUGUUGAACUCUAUGAGUUUUUCAUAACUUGGUUCUUUUAAAUUGUUUCAAAUUAUCUAAUUUUUUGCUUAAAAUAAAUUUAAUUGAAGCAUCAUACACUGAACAGCAUCUAUUAUCAUCGCGCAUUGGAAUAUUUAAUCUCUUAACUAUUUUUCCAGCUGUAUUCAAAUCUACCAACAUACCUAUUAUAUGCAGAUUAACUGUAUCUUCCGGUUCCAUUUUUUAGUCGUUACCCUAAUUUUUUGUGUUUAUUUGCUUGUGUUUAUUUUCUGGCUUAAUUGACACUUCUUGCCGUUCAGAAUGUAAAUGCACAUUUGUUGUGAAAUUUAAAAAAAACUACAAAAUAUAA